UUUCUGGGAGCACCAAGCCUGCUUUUCUUUUUUUUUUGGAUAGACGAUUACCCAGACACCAGACGUGACGGUGCGCAAAAGAUAUCUCUAGACGCCGUUCAGAGGAAACACGCCACCACCUCUCCCCUCUACCUAGAUCCAUACACAGCAGCCAGCCAUGGCGAGUAGGACCAAUGGCGAUCGCAAGAAGCCGCCAUCUGCAGCGACCAACCUCAUUGGUGAGCUUCCUCGUUAGAAGGGGGAGCAUAUUUCCCUCCCAGCUCUGAGCUUUGCGCCGCACGAGUUAAUACGCUGACGUGCGCUGGCGCACUGUAUUAGCUGGCGGAGGAGCAGGCAUGAUGGAGGCAAUGGUGUGUCAUCCCCUCGAUACCAUCAAAGUGCGCAUGCAACUCUCUCGGCGCGGGCGACAGCCGGGCCUGGCAAAGCGCGGCUUUCUGCGCACGGGUAUCGAGAUCGCGCGGAAGGAGACGCCUCUCGGCUUAUACAAAGGGUUGGGAGCUGUCAUGACGGGUAUCGUGCCCAAGAUGGCCAUACGCUUCACGUCGUUUGAGUGGUAUAAGCAGCUGCUGGCGAACAAGCAAACGGGCAACGUCUCGGGACAGUCAACAUUCUUGGCAGGCCUGUUUGCGGGCGUGACCGAGGCGGUUGCGGUGGUUACACCCAUGGAAGUGAUCAAGAUCCGGCUGCAGGCGCAGUACCACAGCAUGGCGGACCCUCUCGACGUGCCCAAGUACCGCAACGCUGCGCACGCCCUGUACACGGUCGUCAAGGAGGAGGGGUUCGGUGCCCUGUACCGCGGCGUUUCGCUAACAGCCCUGCGCCAGGGCAGCAACCAGGCUGUCAACUUCACAGCCUAUUCGUACUUCAAGGAGUGGUUGCAACGCUGGCAACCGGAGCUCGAUGCCAAGUCCUUGCCCUCUUACCAGACCACCUUGAUCGGGCUGGUGAGUGGUGCCAUGGGGCCCCUCAGCAACGCCCCGAUCGACACCAUCAAGACGCGCCUGCAAAAGACACCAGCCCUCGCCGGGACAACUGCCCUGCAGCGCAUCGUGGGGAUUUCGAAGGAGAUGUUCAGACAAGAGGGGUUCCAUGCCUUCUACAAGGGCAUCACACCUCGCAUCAUGCGCGUCGCCCCUGGCCAGGCCGUCACCUUCACCGUCUACGAGUUUCUCAAGGACAAGCUCGAAAAGAGCAAACCGGCUAUCUUGACAGGGGAGAGGUACGAGGAGUGACUGGCAUGAGCCCUUUAGCCCCCCUCCUUCCCUGAUUAAGCCCAAUGCAUGCGCUUUCU